CGUCGUUGCCUCUAUUUUCUCAGGUGGUAGAUAAAAUAUAAAUUUAAUUUUCCCCCACACUUGGUUCGUUCCGUGAAAAUAUCUUGCGUUUCUCCUUUUUUUCUUUUUCAUCUUCAUAUACUUCUACAUACUUGUACUAAACUGUCAACCCCGUGUGUGGUGUAUCGUAUCGUAUCGUUGUCGUCGAUCUCGUACUCGUACGUAUCUCGUUGUCGAACCAACCAAAACCAACGAAACGAAAGUAAUAAACUAGCCUACCAACAAUGAUGGCCCCAAAUCGUUGUCGUGCGACUAAAAAUUAACCCAAAUAUCCAAAACACACAAAGAAAUAAGAAAAUCAAUAUAAAAAUACACCGCCGCCGCUGUAAAGAAAUCCGUCAAUAAAGAGAAAUUGCUAAAUUCCACCAUAAAAACGUCAAAACAACUGAAACUGUGAUUUUAUGAUUAAAUUUAUAAGAAGUAAAGUGAACAAAAAAAUUAGAAAAUUUGAAGUAAAUUAAAAUUUAAAGAAGAAAACGUCUACGACGAUUUUUUUCUUCUUCUUCCUCACAUAGAAACACACACAAAAACAGCCAAAUUCUGCAAUUGUGUGCGAAGGUUUUUGACAUUCCUCUUUUUCGUUUUUUUUUGUUGGAUUUGGAUUUGGACGUCACGAUGAAAUCUCAACGACAUUGACAAAUCUCACCUCACCUCACCACGACGAACGUAGGAAAAGAAAAAAACGUCAAAAAUUGCAAAAAUCAAAAGCAAAAGCAACAUCGCAGCUAAUCGGUUCGCAGAUUGAAAUUGAAAAUUCAUAAAAGAAUUUUCAUUUCGUCCUAUGAAAAAAGAAAAGAAUCAAAAAUAAUUAAAUCUCCAUCCAUAUCUCGCGUUCGUCUCUUAUUCAUUCGUCUUUUCUUAAUUUAAGUGAAAUAUUUAGUCAUUUUGCCACAAUUCAUUGUUUACCACAGAAGAAUAAGAAGGAAAAAAAAGGAAAAGAAAUAAAAUAAAAUCCCCACAAGUGAUAAAGAAAAGUGAGCAAUAUUUUUUGGUUCAGAGGGAAAAACUUAUGUGCAAAUAAAUUGCAGUGUUUCUCAAAAUGAAAGUAAAUGAAAAAGUGAAUUAAUUUUCCAAAUGUAAUGCGAAUAAUCGAAGAAAAGAAUACAAAUUGAAAUUUUUCUUUUUCUAUUCUAUUUUCUUUUUUUUUUUUUGAGGUUAGGUUGUGUCUCUUGUGAAAGUUUUUUUUCGCUACCCCUGCCCCUUUAAUUCUUCUUCAUCUAUUGCUUAUUGCUACUGCUACAACAUACACGCAUACAAGUGGUGAAUUAAAAUAAUAAAAAGAAAAAAAGCGCACAUGCAGCAGCAGUUGUUGUUGUAAUACGGGAACGGGUAACGGUAGGGGGAAUAUCGAAAUUCUCUCCCUUGUACAUAUACACAACAUAUGUUAGCUUUUCGUUGUAGAGGUAGCACAAGUGGUGGUGGUGGUGGUGAAGGUGAAUUAUUUUUCUGCUGUCAGCCUGCGUCAACAUUGCACGCAACAACAAAAACAGCAGCAGCAGCCCCACUUACAACAAAAACAACAACAACAACAUUAACAGCAACAGCAACACAAAACGAUUCAACAGACGAAGAACAAGAAGAGGCAAAGGACAGCAAAGAAACCAAAACCAGAAGUAACGACAACAACGACUACGGCUACGACUACGACUACGGCAGCAAAGUGAAAAUUAUUUGUGGUGAAUUAAUAAAAUCAUCAUCGUUUACGUCUCUGUCUCCGUCUCCGUCUACUUCUCCUUCAUCAUCGUUGUCUUUAUCUUCGUCUUCUUCGUUGUCAUUACUCGAACUCGAACGCGAACCCAAAUCCAGAUUUUCUAAGCACUUCCUUCAUCGACUCCAUAGGGAUUAUGUUAUCCUGGUGAUAGCUUUAAUCCUUGUUAGUUUAAAUCAAGACAAAUCAUCUGAAUUCAGUGAUUCGAUUUGUUUUUGCCAACGUUGCAGCAGCGACAACAACAACAACAGCCCACAACAACAAUUUAUAUAUAAAUUAUUAAAGCGAGCCGGAGGAGGAGGAUCUGUCCAUAAAUCCUCGUCGUCCUCUCCGUUAGCUCAGAAAUCCGCGAUUUCUUCAAAAAUUCCACGAAAAUCUACAACAACGAAUCCGUCAACAUCUAGGAAUUACUAUUUGAACCGUGGUUCCAUUGGUUCAUCUUCGUCAGCAUCAGUGUCAUCAGCGCCAAGUGGAGCAUCUGGUGGUGGUGGUGUUGGAUCAUCGGGUGUAGUAACAGCUGUUGGAGGUAAUAGCAACUAUUAUCAGCAUUCAGGAAGUUACAACAACAAUAACAACAACAAUAGCAGCCACAAUAGCAAUAUCAAUAAUUCAGGAACUACAACGACGAUGAUGAUGACCAAACAAAAGGCCACCAUGGCCGAUCGAUUGAAUAUCGGAAGCGAAGUUCGAGAAUUGAAAUUGGGUUGCACAUUUAAUUCGAAAAAUACAACGACUGCAUUUCAUACGAUAAAAUAUGAUUUUAAGCCAGCAAGUGUGGAUGUUAACAGAGUAGCUGAUGUGGAUAUUGGAUCAAAUAAUCAAGUUACUGUUACCGUGCCAAAUUUAGAAAGUUCCGGUGUGCCUCAUACAGUUUAUAAGGGAAAUCACAAAAAAUAUACAAAAGAAUGCUUAAUUAUAUUCGAUAAAAAGACAGGUGAUAUGACAUUAGAGAAAUUAAAUCACAAUAUACAGGUUAAGAAAACGCGGACUGAAGUGGCAAGCAAAACUGUUGGACCAGCUCCAAAAUUAGAAAAUAGCACAAUGAGAGUAUCCUCGAAAACAAAAGUUUCUACCGGCAGUCGAAAGAACAAUAUAAUUUGCUUUGUACCGCGCAAUUCACCAAUGCAGCAACAACAGCAACAGCCACAAGGUUCAUCGCCAUCGACAGCCCCAGUCCAUAAAAGUCCACAAUCAGCUCCAGCAUGGAAUGCUAAUAACGCUCAAGCAACACUACCAAGCAUUCCAAUGAUAAUUGACGAUGAUGAUGCGGGUGCAAUGUUCCAAGGCGCUGGUAGCGGCGGAAGUAGUGGAGCUGGAAGUGCGAGCUCCAUUGCAAAUUUGUCAUCCUCAUCGUCAGCGUCUAGCCACAAUAAUUCAGGUGACUUCCAUAUGCCCCAGCAUCAGCAGCAGUCGCAACAAAAACAACCGAAAUCACACUACAAUCACCAACCGCCUCAACAACAACAACAGAAGCACCAUAAUCAACGACACCAGCAGCAACAACAACAGCAAUCACAACAACAGCAAUGGCAUCAACAACUGCAGCACCAACAACAGCAACAGCAGCAAAUGCAACAGCCGAGCCCAUCCCAACAGCAAUAUCAUAAUAAUCAAAAUAACCGAAUGUACCAUAAUAAUUCUAGCAGUAAUAAUUCCAAUGUAAUUGGCAUGAGCGGCAUUGGCGGCAGCAGCAAUAAUUGCAGGCCGAGUAGUAGUAGCAGUAGUAUAGGUGUAGAGCAGACGGCAACACAAAUGUUAGCUAGUUCUGCGGCGGCGCUUGAGCAGGAAAUCGGUGUCCUGAGCUCGUCUGACACGAGUACGGAUACCGACUCAAGUGGCAGUGAUAGUGGCUCAGACUCGGAUGACAGCAAUGAAGAUUAUUCUCAACAGAACUCCCAAUCCCUGCAUCAGCAACAAUCCAUGCAACAUCAACUUCCAAAUCUUCAAGCAACCAUACAACCACCGCAACAACAACAAUCGCAACAACAAUCAAGCGGUUAUGCGAAUGGUGGCUUCACAAAUGUCCUGCACGAUGAUCUACAACUAUCCGAAUCCAAUUCAUCAUCCUCAUCAGACGAAGAUGAUGAUUGAAAUAAUUCAACAAAACAACAAAAGAAUCAAAAUAAAACAAAAUACUUUUACACUAUUAUUCUAACCGACCACACUAUUAACUAAUCGCAUCCAAGAAACGGAGAGAAAACGAAAGAAACUGCAACAGAAAUUUUAAAAAACAAAAUCUAAUAUUUAUAUAUAUAUUUGUAAAAACAAAAACAAAAAACUAAGUAAAGCAAAGAAAACAAGAAUCAAAAGCAAGUAUCCCUGUUCCGGAUUUCUCUCUUUAAACAAAAAAUCAAAAAAAAAAUAAAAAUAAAAGUAACUCCUCCUUCAUCAUUUUAUUAAAUGUAAAAAGAAAAGAUACAAGCACAUCCAAUUAUUUUUAUUGUAAACAAAAAACAAAACAUAAAACAAAAAAGAAAAAAGAAAGAAAACACAAAACGUCUUCUUUAUUAAUUAUUUAGUUAAUAAUAAUUAAUUAAUUUUUCCCAAAUUUUUAUUAAACAAAAAAAAAACAUAUGAAAAAUAUAUAUAAAUAUAUGUAAUAGAGAAUAUGCCCUUAAAAAUAUGCCUUUUUAAAUACAACAUAAACAAAAAGAAAAAUUAAAUAAAAAUAAAAAAUACAUAUAAUAAAAACAAACACAUUAUGAAUUGUAAAAGAAAAACUCAGUUCUUUUCUAACUUACAUUAAAUAAAAGAAGAAAAAAUGAAAAGUAAAAAAAUAGUGGUUUCUGGUAGUAGGAAAAAUUUAAUUAUUAAAUUUUGAUUUUGUUUCAAAACUAAAACCAAAAAACAGAAGAUGAAACAUGUUAUUUUGUAAAUUUUGUUCUCAUUCGCACAGACGCAGUCGUUUUUUUUUUGUAUAAUAUAUUGUUUAUACUAAGAUUUUGCCUUUUAGUCAAAUUAAUUCUUUUGUAUAUUUAAUUUUUGUUUUAGCAUUUUGUUUAUGUAGAAAAUAACCUAACGUACCAUAUACAUGAAGAGAUUUGUUCAAAAUCAUCGAAAAAUAAUUUUAUUUUGCUUUGGGUAUUUCUUAAAAAUAUAACAUUCUUCAAGUUGACCGAAACUUGCAAAUUAUUGAAAAUAGAUUAAUGUCAUUUCAUCGGUUUUAUUAAAUUUUUAACAUACUUAAUUUAAAUAUUAAAAACACAAAGGACAAAACUGCUCUUAAAUGAAUUAAAAAGUGCAAUUUCUUUGUUUAUAAAGUGCAAUUCAUAUAAAAGUGCUUAAAAUUUAUAAAUUUCAUUCCCAGUUUUUCUUAUAAGUGACAUUUGCUUAAUAGCUUCUUAUUUGACGUUGGAAUCAGUUGUAGGUUAUCUGAAAUUUUAGAUUUUCCACGGUGCUCAACACGAAAUAAACUCAAAAAUACUAUUUUUGAUUUACCUGUGAAAUUCCAAAUAUAUCGGAAAAUUGGUCAAGUUAAUAACUAAGUAUUUGUUUUUGGAACGACAUUUUGCUACAAGUGACAAUAUAGGGUUUUUUUCUGUUUAACUCUGAGCCGAACUUGGACAUGUUGAAUAAGUUUUGAAAGGUGUUUCCAAGCACACUUUUACCUGAUGAAUUUAAAUGUUAUAUCCUAAAGAACAAAAUACUACCUAAAGAGGAAGAACCACCUGCGUCAAAGUAAUCGCCAUACGGCUCCUAACUCCAUUAAGUCGUUCAUUUUUUUCUGACCCCAUAGAGGACGCUCUGAACUAACUCUGAUUGAAUAUUCAAUUUCGAAACUUGUUCGAAAUGUCUUCCGCUUGUCGUAAUUACCAAAAGCGUGUGCAUUUCUUUGAGGACCUUAAUUCACAUAAAUAAAAUUCACUCCAGUCUUUUAUAAACAAAAAUAAUUAAAUUAUAACAAUAGAAAUGAAUUUCAUACUUUCUAGAAAAUGAAAAUGUAUAGGCUUUCAAUGAGAACAUAAAAUAUCUGUUCUCAUUUAAUAGUUUGCUAGGAUUUUUAUUUAAAUAAUAGCCCAAUCUUCUGUAAAAUGGAACAUAAGCUUGUAAAUAAUUAAUUAUCCUUAAAUUGGCAACAAAACACAUAUUUGAAAACCACCAAAUAUUAUUUGACUUAACUUUGAUUAAUUUUUAUCAUAAGAAGUGAUUAAAGAAACUCAAUAAUAAAUCAAAAUAUUAUUUUAUGUAUCGUCGGCGAAAAGCAAAAUUGUUCCAAGUCCUUGACAAAUCUUAUGGAGCUAGAAAGAUAUGUAUCUAGUAUCUCCUAAUUCAAAUUCGACAAUUUAUAUUUAUUUUCAGUAAAAUAUGUCUGUAAAUAAAUUAAACAUUCAUCUUUUGCUUUUGAAAUAUUUUACGUACCUAUAUUAAUUGAAAUUCCAUCAUAUUUUGUUUUUGUUCCAAUUACCUUCUGUUAAAUUGUUAGUUUCAUUAAAUGAUCUCAAAACAUAUAACAAACCUAUUUAGGAAAUGUUCUCUGUAUUUUCAUCAAAAAAUUGGAAACUUAAAGUGAUCACUCAUACAUGCUCGUAUAUAAUUCAUUUGUUUGUUCCUAAAAAAAUUGAAUGUUUCAAAAAUUAACACAUUUUUUGAAGAGAUUUUAAAAUUUCAAUUUCGAAUCUAUUUAAACAAUACUUAAGUGGUUAGUGGAAGUAUUUAAAAUUAGUCUGGUGUUGAAUAUCAUUCAUUUUUUAAUACAUAAUUGGAGAUAGAAAAGAUUUAAAUCAAUUUGUUUCCUUAGAAUUUUUAAUCUUGGUAAGGUGUUGAAUAGGUCCUUUACAUAAGUCCUUUAAAUAAACAAUCUAAGUUAUAGAUCUGACCGAAAAAUAGAUAGUAGUACGUUUUGCACUUACAAUUUAAAACCUCAGUUGUUAAAAAUAACCCACACACAAUUGUGAAGUAAAAUAUUUAUUCAAUUAUUUCUUGAAAAUAGUACUGUUAAUGUCUUCUAAUAAGUUUAUUUAUUUAACAAGCAUAAGCAAUUUUUUUGUUUUUUCACUCCUCCACUUGUCCACAUAAACUUAUCCCCUAUGGAAUUUUAUUCAAGACUAGUAUCCCAACUAAAUGAUGAUUUUGAACAAAGAUUUACACAUUCUUCCAUCUUUUCUUCCAAUUUUAAUAAGCAACACACAUUUAUUUUUAAGCAAAAUUAAUAAUUAUUAAAACAAAAAAAAAACAUAAACAAAAUGAAAUUCUGAAAAAUUGUGCCUAAAAACUUAAAAGAAAGAAAAAAGAAAACCAAAACAACGUUUUAAACAUAAAAAACCAAAUUUGUAAACCUGAUGUUUGCUCACAAAGAAUUUAUUUGUGUCCAAAAAUUAAAAACAAAACAAAAAACCAUGUCGAGGACAUAAACAUAAUUUUAAAUUAAACAAAAACAAAAAAAAAACAUAAACUUUCUCCCCUUCACCAAAACAACACACAACCAAAUGACAACUCUUGCAUAAACUCAUUCGGACAACGGACUUGGAUUUUUUCUUAAAUUAUUAAUAAUAAUUAAAACAAAAUACGACCUAAGCGUAAAACUUUUUUUUAUUUUUAUUGUAAACAUAAUUUAAUUGCGAUUUUACUUUAGCUUAAUACAACACUUAUGAUAUUUUUUUAAUUUUUGUAAGUAAUGGAAUUUCUUUUCUUUAGCGCGUUUUUCUUUUCUCUCUAUUCUCUUCUAUUGCUUUUGUUGAUUUAGAAAAAUUUUCGAAGUAAACUAUAUAUAUAUAUAAAUAUAAUUAUAAAUAAAAUAAAAAAAAAUAAAUAUUUUUUUAUUAGCAAAUACUCUUGUGUAUUAAAUUGAAAUACAAUUUAUAAAUAUAUAAUUAAAUUAGAAGCAAAGCAAAACAAAGAAAGCGGUUAAAGGUUUUUAACUGCAGAAAAGAAACAAACAAACGCCAAUAUAUUAUUAUAUGAAUAGUGAAUCGAUAAAAGAAGAAAGGAUUGAAAUUGUAAACUGCUCGUAAACAGAUAUUUAGCAAUUGCAGCAACCGGAAUAUGUGUAAUUUUAUUCUCUUUACUUUUUUUUAAAAAAACAAAAUAUUUAAUUUAAAAACAAAACUAUCAUACUUUAAAAAAAAAAAACAAACAAACAAAACUUUCUUCAUGACUGUGUAUAUUUUUGUUCUGAAUUCAAUAACGAAGUUACUCUUUUUGUUUCUAUGAAUAUUAAAUACAUAAAAAAAUAUUAAAAUAAUAAUAAUAAUUAAACUAUUUACUAA